GAGAGCGAGGUAGAGGGAAGGGUGGUGCAACAGUUGUCUGUCUUCUAUACGAAGGUAUUUUCCAAUCGUCGAUAAAAGACGAAAAGAAAGAAAACAUUUUCAAAUCGCUACAAUGCGAUUGGCCAAACUGGAACCGCGAGGGCGGCGGGCGGCGGAGCCAUCCGAGCCAGAGCCAGCCCCAGCCCAGGAAGCACCUGCCCCAGCCCCUGCCCCACCAGCCCACCACCCAAGCCACAACUUCAACAGCAUGAAGACGAAGUUCAUGAAUGAACUGGGCAGACUGCCGAUUCCAAUGUGGGCAGUGGGAGCCAUAGUGGUUGUGGUCCUGGCACUUGUUGGCUGCUUUAUUUUCUGUAUCAUCAAAAAGUGCUUCGGCAAGAAGAAGAAAGCAAAGAAAGUGAGGGAGAGGAAGGCUGGCCGCAGAAGGAGGGGAGGCGCAGAAGGUGAAGCCGAGGGUACAGAGAAGGAAGAGGGAGAAAAGACAGAGGGUGCAGGGGAGGAGAAGGAACAGGAGAACCUGGGGAAGCUGGAAUUCACCCUAGAUUACAAUUUCACCGAGGCCCAGCUCAUAGUGGGAAUUCUGCAGGCCCAAGAUCUUGCUGCCAUGGAUAUGGGGGGGACGUCUGACCCAUAUGUCAAAGUAUACCUGCUCCCUGACAAGAAGAAGAAGUUUGAGACGAAGGUCCAGCGCAAGAAUCUGUGUCCUGUUUUCAAUGAGACCUUUAUCUUCAAGAUUCCAUAUUCAGAGCUAGGUGGGAAGACUCUGGUAAUGCAGGUCUUUGAUUUUGACCGUUUCUCCAAGCAUGAUGUCAUUGGUGAAAUUAAGAUCCCCAUGAACAGCAUAGACCUGGGCCAACCCCUACAUGAAUGGAGGGAUCUUGAGAAUGGAGAGAAGGAGGAGCAGGAGAAACUGGGCGAUGUCUGCAUCUCUCUGCGUUACGUCCCAACAGCUGGCAAACUUACAGUCAAUAUCAUGGAGGCCAAGAACCUCAAAAAGAUGGAUGUUGGUGGCUUAUCAGAUCCUUUUGUGAAGAUUGUGUUGCAACACAAUGGGAAGCGACUGAAGAAGAAGAAGACAACAGUCAAGAAAAACACCCUCAAUCCCUACUUUAAUGAAAGCUUCAGCUUUGAGAUUCCCUUUGAACAGAUACAGAAAGUGCAGGUUGUGAUAACAGUCUAUGACUACGACAAGCUGGGGAGUAACGAUGCCAUUGGCAAAACUUUCAUCGGCUAUGGUGCCACAGGAGUGGGGCUCCGCCACUGGUCAGAUAUGUUGGCCAAUCCAAGGCGCCCUGUUGCCCAAUGGCACACUCUACAGCCUGAGGAGGAAGUGGAUGCUGCCCUCAAAGGACCCCAUCGCUAACUUUAUUGUCCUACAGUUCUUGGUUGUGCUUUUGAUCUGUGUAGUUUAUUUUAAAAUACCUCCCACUUCCAUUAAAAAUAGUUCAUUUUAUUUGUGUAUACUAUGAUCCUCUGAGUUUUUAUCGCAUGUGUAUUUUUGUGUUCCCUUGUUAUUACCCCUUAUUUGCUCAU